AUGACUCAAGAUACGCGUGCAACGGGGUCGACUAAGGAUCCCUGUGACCUCAAGGACUUCAAGAGCCUCAAGGACCUCGGGGACCUCAAGGACCUCAAACACCUUAAGGACCCCAUGGAUUCCAAGAGUCCCGUACAGGCCGAAGUGGAAGAGUUCACUGACGCGUCGAAUAGCCCUUUACUACCUCUUGAUGAUGGCACACUCGCUGUGAAAGCUCUAACUGAGAAAAUCACUGACAGCGAAGGCUCUUCAACCGUUGACAAUCCUUUGAGAGAUAUAUCUAGUCCUGAGAAUAAUACUAGUUCCGACGGACUUUCUCGCUCCAAUUUGCAGGAUGACCACGAUCAGUUGAUGGAACCAUCUAAGGAGAAGGAGUUAAGUGAAGAGGGGAAACCAUUUAAGGAGAAGAAAUUAAGUGAGGAGACGAAACUACCUAAAGAGACGGAACUACCUAAAGAGACGGAACUACCUAAAGAGACGGAACUACCUAAAGAGACGGAACUACCUAAAGAGACGGAACUACCUAAAGAGACGGAAUCUAUUGAAGAGAACAAAGAGCCUGAAGAGAACAAAGAGCCUGAAGAUAACAGAGAAGUCAAUGAACCACAGAAAUACGAACCGGAGCUGCCCCAACUAAAGAAACCAGAGGAAGAAGCUGCUGAACACAAUGAAAAAUUGUACAAUAUGGGAGAAACUUCCUCUAGCAGCGAGACAAACGUUAACACGAGCCUGUCUGUGCGGUCUUCUGUGCGAUCAUCUACGCAGUCCUCAUUAGCACCAUCGUCAUCAAUUUUGGCCUCGCCUAUGAUUGGCUCUCGUUCUCGUUCGGCUUCUCAAUCUUCAGCCAAACUUCAAUCUCCAGAUAUGAACUUUCAAACUCUUGAUCCAACGAAGAUGGGGCGCAACAAUGACUACACUAAGACUCUUAAAAAGGUCAGUAGUAUAUUGUCACACAGGCGCAAAGGCUCGAUUCCGGAAUUUGGCCAAGGUAUACGUGUUAGUAGUACACAUAUCAGUGAUGGAACUGAAGUUAGUACAAACGUUGGAGAUGAAGGAGCCGAUAAAUUAGAUUUCUCUCCCGCAGCUUCUUUGAAACAACAUGUGAGAAACAAAUCCGACUCAAUUAAUCUUCGAUAUUCUCAAGAGGGACAUUAUGAGGGUAAGUUCCCCUUGACGGAAAGCAUUAACAGCUUUAAAAUCAACGAUCUAUCUUUGAUGGGCAAGGAUGGAAAAAGAGCCGAAAGGGAACAACUCCUGCAUCAACUAGAGCCUGCAGAUAUGGUUGCAAGGGUCAGCGAUCAGCAUUUGGGAGAUACCACCAGUGAGAAGGAGAUCGAAACACCUGUGACGAAGCAAGAAGAAAGGCCUUCUCAAGAUGCCGAGCCUGAGUCUUCUACCACAGGUAAGGGUGCCUUGUCUCAUCGUUCUGCCCUUUCACAUUUCUCUGCCAUGUCACAUCUCUCUGCCAUUUCGCAUCGCUCUGCCGCUACUUCGCAUGCUUCUGGUGCUACUUCUGAAGGAAUGGUUGCAGACAUCAUUGAUGGGUAUGAUAGUUAUUCUAUGAGAUCAUCUGGAGACUACCAAUCGCCUAAAAAGAAUGUAUCCCAAUUGAUAGAACCUCCCUCAAGGCCUGCACCAACUUAUGAACAGAAAGAGGCAAAAGUCAGACCCAGCGGCCCUACAAGUAACGCUAAUCAGAAAACUGUCACGCAUAAACCUUCAUUCUUCAAACCCCCUUCUUCCUUGUCUUCUGAUACUACUCUCACAGCAUCGGCUUUGGGCUCUCCUGCCUCGGUGUCUCGGGCACAGUGGCCACCCACCACGACUCCAGUGCUACAAAGCGGAUCUACAAUGGACUCUCAAUCCAAUUCUCCAGAUCUUCGGGGAUUAACUCCUGGGUCUAGGCAUAUAUCUGUGAAAAAGCUCAACCAUAAUGGAACUAUUAGCAGUAACCACACCACUGUGGGUACAAACACACCGUCUUCCUCCUCCAAACAAAGAACUAAGAAGGUAUUUGGACAGAUCCAGAACUUUUUUUCUCUUAACUCGCCUUCUCGUAAUGAAAAGCGAAACAUUUCUGCCCCAAUUGAUGUCAUCUUGAAGACACAUGUCACUUACGAUCACGAGACCCAAACUUUCAAGGAUUUACCACAGGAAUGGGCUCGUGUUUUAUCAGCUCAAGGUAUUUCUGUGGAAGAACAAAGGAAAAAUCCUGUGGCGAUGAACCAAGUGAUAAACUUUUACAGCUCAAAUUUUAACCAAGGGUCUGAACCUAAGUUCAUGAACAUACCUAGCCAUUACUCCGACAGCAGCGAGGAAAAUGAAGACGACAAUGCCAAGGAGACUACAAAUGACACUGAUACGAGAUUCUCAUCCGUUGAAAAUAGCGGAAGCAAUACAUCUGGCAGCAAUCACACCUCUAGGAGUAGCAGGAAUACGCCUAACGUGGGAACUGGAUAUAGCUUUGGUCACACAACGCCUACGAUGCAGCAGCAUGAAUUGUUCAGUGGUACCCAAAAGAAUUCAUUUACAACAUCUCCUCGCAUUCCUGAGGAAUCUCAAGACCGUGAAUUCAUCCCAAGAAGGCAUGCUCCACCUCCACCUUCGGGCAAAUCUUCAAAGCAGUUCAUGACGGGUCCUCAUACACCUCAAUUUAGUGGCCACACUCAGAGUCCUCAUUUCCAAGCAUCUCCUUCUUCUAUUUUAGGAUCGCUUUCUCGUCGUUUCCAGAAGAGGUCAGAUAAUAGACCAAAGAUCAUUCACCUGACUGAAGGUGUAUCAAAUCCUGCUGGUCCUCAGCAGAUUUCUUCCCCUCAGAUGAGUAAUGCGGCCCGGAUGCAACUUCGCUCGCCCUUGGUUAGUAAAAAUGAUUCCGAAUUCAGACAGAUCGCACCUCAUAAACCUAUUGAAUUUAUGCCCGCUCCAUUAAGACCUGCACCUACACCACCAAAGGGACUUGUUCUAACAGAAGAUAAACAGGUACCGGAUGGAGAACCAAGGCCGGUCAAAGAAAACGGGAAAGUCGAAGCAAAUGAGAAGGAACGCAUGAAUCAAAAGGUGCUACCCAAAGUCCCGGUUGAGCAGGAUCCAUUCGAGCAGCAGGAGAAUGAAUUACAGCAGCAACAAAAGAUACCAGAGCUUCAGGAACCUUUGGUGUCACUGGUACCCCUGGUACCUCUAGUACCUUUGGUACCACAGGAAUUACAGGAACCACUGGAACCACAAGGACCUAAGCAGGAAGAGAAAUAUGCCACCACCACAGCUUCGAACUCUUCAGUUCCUCCUAUACCAACGAAACGGCCAAUUAAGAAGCAUCAUCUUACUACUUCGGAGCAAGAAAGACGUCGGGAGUUGCGAAGAAUGAAAGAAAGAAAGUACAUGAAGAAGUUAAUGGAAAUAUGCUCUAGCGAUGAUCCUCAUCUGGAAUACAAAGAUUUGGUCAAAAUUGGACAAGGUGCGUCUGGAGGUGUCUACACUGCUUAUGAGAUAGAUACAGGUAAUAUUGUGGCCAUCAAACAGAUGGAAUUAGAGAAACAGCCUAAAAAGGAGUUGAUUAUUAAUGAGAUCCUUGUCAUGAAAGGCUCGAAACAUCCUAACAUUGUGAACUUCAUCGAGGCCUACUUGUUGAAGAAGGACUUAUGGGUGGUUAUGGAAUACAUGGAAGGAGGAUCGCUUACAGAUAUUGUGACGCAUAGUAUAAUGACUGAGGGACAAAUGGCCAGGGUCUGUAAAGAGACAUUACAAGGAUUGAAGUUUUUGCACUCUAAAGGCAUUAUCCAUCGAGACAUUAAAUCCGAUAACAUUCUCCUCUCUCUGAAGGGUGAUAUUAAACUUACGGACUUUGGAUUCUGUGCGCAGAUCAAGGAUUACUCUGCAAAGAGAAAUACCAUGGUCGGCACUCCCUAUUGGAUGGCACCAGAAGUAGUGACGAAGAAAAGCUAUGGCCCUAAAGUGGACAUAUGGUCUCUUGGUAUCAUGACGAUUGAAAUGAUUGAAGGUGAACCUCCCUAUUUGAACGAGACACCACUAAGAGCGUUAUUUCUCAUUACUACGAACGGUAAGCCCAAGUUAAAGGACUGGGAUUCUUUAUCUCCAGAACUGCAACAGUUCCUGAACCAUUGCUUGGAGGUCGAUCCAGAUGAUAGAUUUGAUGCCGUUACAUUGCUAGAUGUACCUUUCAUUCAGAAAGCAGACCCUAACUCAUCUCUCUCUCCGUUGGUGAAGAUGGCAAGACACCAGAAGCUGGCAGAGACAUCUGACGGCGAGGACUAG